UUUUUGUAAUUUUUUAUUCGGUGCAAUAAAUCAUUCGCUUUUCUUAUUUACAUAAGUAAACAACUGUCCUAACAUAAAGGAAUGAUCCAUUAAUCAAAAUGUUCAAAAACUAUUUCUUAUGUUUACCCAGAAAAGUCGAAGUAAGAAUUUUCAAUAAUUUAAAACUAAAAUACAUCAAUUGUAAGUAAAUUUGUUUAAAUGCAAGCUAUGGUCCGGCCCUGUUGUUUGAAAACGAGUGAGUUGUUGCAUAAACCAACACGUAAUAAAUGCAAUGAGUUUUUUCGUGUAUUAUUCCAAGUUUUAAAACGUUUAGAUUCGCCAGAUUCUGUACGUUAUUUCGGAAUAGAAUCACCAUCACGUGGUAUUUUGUGAUCCCUCUUUUAUAUUUCGCGGCAUUAGAUCGAAAAUUUUCAGUAGAGACCCACUCGGUUCUAUAUCUGUACCAAAUUAAAACGAAUUGGCAUACUAACCCAUUGCCAUUGAAAUUUUUACUGUGUGUACACGUUUAAUUUCGUAAUGAGUCAACCAAAAAUCGACGUCCCCAUAAUAUGGGUUUUGGGUGGACCCGGUUCUGGAAAAGGAACCCAAUGCGAAAGAAUUGUGCAAAAAUAUGGAUUUGUACAUUUAUCAUCAGGUGACCUUCUUAGAGAUGAAGUUAAAAGUGGUUCACCAAGAGGAAAAGAAUUAACAGCAAUAAUGGAAAGUGGCGCUUUAGUACCUCUAGAAGUUGUUUUAGAGCUCCUAAAAGAAGCCAUUUAUAAAAAUCUUUCAAACGCAAAAGGUUUCCUCAUUGAUGGGUAUCCAAGAGAAAAAGAACAAGGUGUUUUAUUUGAAAAAACUAUAGGACCAGUGGAUGUCAUUUUAUUUUUUGACGCAUCCACCGAUACUUUGGUGGAACGACUUUUAAGCAGAGGAAAGACUUCAGGGCGAGUUGACGACAACGAAGAGACGAUAAAAAAGAGACUAAACACGUUUGUUACGCACACCGACGCCAUAGUGAAUCAUUAUUUAGAUAAAUUGAAGAAAAUCAAUGCGGAAAGAGCCGUUGAUGAUAUUUUCGGGGAAGUUGAGUCAUAUUUAGAUCCGUUGGUUACAAAGGCCUAAGAUUAUUAUUCUGAUAAAUAAUUCGUUGUUGUUUUGAUUCAAAAAUGAUAAAAACACAAAAUAUUUUAAGAAAAUUAAUACAAAACAUGAUAUAAAAGCACAGAGAUGAAUCGAACAAUUGAUGAAUUUUAAUGUUAAGAUUUUUGCAAUAAUAUUUAUUGACUAGAUAUAAGCACAAUGUUAUCGUUAUUAAUUGUUGUAAUUUAUUUUAAAUUUUAAAAAUAUACUAAUUAGGUAAUUUAAA